AGUGUUGGUGCAGUCUUUAGUGAGGUGUCACUUGAUUGAAUGCGGAUAUUCUUUCUCCUCCGUUCGUUCGGUUAUUCGGUGCGUUUUUAUUGUGUUGCUUUUGGCUGGUCGACGACGACGACGAUUUUUGGGUGCGUGAUUUUGAUUAUUGUUCCGGAAGGAGACCCCCGAUUUUCCAAGUUCAGUAAGUUCCCCACGGGAAGUUUGGCGAACGACGCGAGUGUGUUGGAAUUUGCGUUCCGCGGUGCGGUUUCCGUUAAUCUACCCAUCCUCCAAUCUUCCCAAUUUCGGUUUUCGAUUCGGCUCUGACGGGCGGACGUACGAACGAACGUCUGUGACCUGACCGUGUGGAGACGACGGACGACGACGGAGUGCCACAGAUUUCGGUUCCACGUUGCCCUCGCGCUGGAAAGUGAUUCCUUUUUGGUUAUUUCGGUUUUUUUGAUUGUCGAGAAAAAAGAAAAUCAGUGCCCAAGCAGCAGGAGUGUGAAAAGUGCAACGUGAAUAAUUUCUGCAAGGUAGAGGAAGCGAUUUCUCUGGGUGGAAAGAAGAUAGCGAAAAGUGAAAAGUGCGUGCCUGUGUCCAGUGAGCGUGAGUGGAACAAGAAGUAACUGGAAAACGCGCUCGGACGGGGAUUUACAACCUGACGACGACCGGAGCCGAAACUGGUCCAGGAAUUUCAACCUCAAGUCGCAGCUCUCGAACUGGAUUAAAACGAACAUCGUCACCGUAUUUCACACCCGCUGGAUUUAAUAGUUCUUCAUCCGUCAAGUUAACAAACAAACGUCCAAAAUGCCUAAAUCGAUGAACGUGCGCGUCACGACGAUGGACGCCGAGCUGGAGUUUGCGAUACAGCAGAGCACCACCGGCAAGCAGCUGUUCGAUCAGGUCGUCAAAACCAUCGGCCUGCGGGAGGUGUGGUUCUUCGGCCUUCAGUACACAGACUCCAAGGGCGAUCUCACGUGGAUCAAGCUGUACAAAAAGGUCAUGAGCCAGGACGUCCAGAAGGGAGACCCGCUGCAGUUCAAGUUCCGUGCCAAAUUCUACCCGGAGGACGUCGCCGAGGAGCUGAUCCAAGACAUCACGCUGAGGCUGUUCUACCUGCAGGUCAAGAAUGCGAUCCUUUCCGACGAAAUAUACUGCCCACCGGAAACGUCCGUUCUGCUAGCCUCGUAUGCCGUCCAAGCCCGUCACGGGGACUUCAACAAAACGACACAUGUGCCCGGAUUCCUGGUGAACGAUCGGCUACUGCCGCAGCGUGUCAUCGAUCAACAUAAGAUGUCCAAGGACGAGUGGGAGAACUCGAUCACUACCUGGUGGCAGGAGCAUCGCGGAAUGCUCCGCGAAGACGCCAUGAUGGAGUACCUCAAGAUCGCACAAGAUCUGGAAAUGUACGGUGUGAACUACUUCGAGAUUCGCAACAAGAAGGGCACGGAACUGUGGCUCGGCGUUGACGCCCUGGGGCUGAACAUCUACGAGAAAGACGACCGCCUUACGCCCAAAAUCGGUUUCCCGUGGUCGGAAAUCCGAAACAUUUCGUUCAACGAUCGCAAAUUUAUCAUCAAGCCCAUCGACAAGAAGGCACCGGACUUUGUCUUCUUCGCUCCUCGCGUCCGCAUCAACAAGCGAAUCCUGGCGCUGUGCAUGGGCAACCACGAGCUGUACAUGCGCCGUCGCAAGCCGGAUACGAUCGAUGUGCAGCAGAUGAAGGCUCAGGCCCGGGAAGAGAAGAACGCCAAGCAGCAGGAGCGCGAGAAGCUGCAGCUAGCCCUGGCCGCUCGGGAACGGGCCGAGAAGAAGCAGCAGGAGUACGAAGACCGCCUGCGAACGAUGCAGGAGGAGAUGGAACGCUCGCAAGCGAACCUUAUCGAAGCGCAGGAGAUGAUCCGCCGUCUGGAGGAACAGCUCAAGCAGCUGCAGUUCGCCAAGGACGAACUGGAGGCACGCCAGAACGAACUGCAGGUCAUGAUCAAGCGUCUGGAGGAGUCCAAGAACAUGGAGGUCGCCGAGCGCCAGAAGCUGGAGGACGAAAUUCGCGCAAAGCAGGAUGAGGUGCAAAAGAUCCAGGAGGAAGUCUCGGUCAAGGACUCCGAAACCAAACGCCUGCAGGAGGAGGUUGAGGAAGCCAGACGGAAACAGAACGAAGCGGCGGCGGCUCUGUUGGCGGCCACUACCACGCCCGACCAUCACCACGUCGACGAAGAGGAGGAGGAAAACGAGGAGGAGCUGUCGAACGGUGCUGAGAACGGUACCUCGCGGGACUACAGCAAGGACUUCGACACCGACGAGCACAUCAAGGAUCCGGUCGAGGAACGACGCACGCUGGCCGAACGUAACGAGCGUUUGCACGAUCAGCUGAAGGCCCUCAAGCAAGACCUGGCCCUCUCGCGGGACGACACGAUGGAGACGGCCAACGAUAAGAUCCACCGCGAGAACGUCCGCCAGGGGCGGGACAAGUACAAGACGCUGCGCGAAAUCCGCAAAGGCAACACCAAGCGCCGCGUGGAUCAGUUCGAGAACAUGUAAACGACAAUCCGUGUCUGCAGUAGCCGGCUGGUUGGUUGGUUGGUUGGGUGGUUGUUGAAAGAGAGCGACCGAGAGCGAAAGAGAGAGAGAGAGAGAGAGAAAGAGUUUGAAAAUUUGUUUCGGUGGGCCGCGGAAAAAGGAACGGGAGAUGGGAAGGAGUAACAUUUAUAUAGUUUUUAGAGUAAAAGAAGCAGUAGCAGUUGUAGAAGUAGUAGUAGUGGUAGUAAUAGAAUCUAGUAAAGUGAGCGGAACAAGUGCGAAAAUGCGCACGUGCGUGCGUGCGUGCGUGCGUGGUGUCGCUUCCGGUCAGUUGCGAACGGGGGUAGGCCGACGACCAGGGAAUCAAGGAUUAUUCAACAAACACACACACAUACAUACAUACAGCAAGGUUACAUAUACUUUAUCGUUUACACUAUUAUUAACAUUGUCGGAAUAGUUAUUCUUUUUUACGCUAACUCUUUCUAACUUGAUGACCGCUGGUUUCUGGCUCUGGCAAAUGAACACACACACACACACACAUACAGAAGAAUGAAUAAGAAUACAUACACACACACACACACACACACACACAAACACACGUAUGAAAAUGACAGACACAGUUGUUCUAGUAGUAGUGUGUGAUUGGGUAGUAUUGUAAUUUCGUUAACACUUAAAAAAGAAACAGAGACAAAUAGCAUUAUUAGGAGAAGAUACUUGAGCUAAAAGGUAUCCGGUAUUUAACGUUGACUAUCUUCCGUGAGUUUUGAUGUAGAAUUUUUUUCAGAAGAGUUAGACUCGACUAUUAGCUGUUGUUUUUUUUCCUAUAAUUUACCUUCGAUAAGUAUUCAAAAGCAGCAAAGAUGCAUUUUUUCCUGUUCUAAAAUGUUUAAUUCCUUGUAGUAUUUUCGGUUAUUUUACAACUAUUUCCCACUUUAUCAGAUAGAGACCGACAGUGUGCCCAAAUUAAUUACGGAGAAAAUUAAUAUUAAAAUGAAGCAUAUAAGUUACAAGGUAGACAAACAUGAAGCAAAUAAGUUGAAUAUUGUUAUUACUGCAUUAAUGUGUAUAAACUAGGAAGACAAUUAAAGGGGAAACUUUACCAGAAUUUCGAAUCGAACGUGUGGAAUUGGUACCGACGUUUGUGAUGCCAGUUCCGGACAGUGUCGAAUUCCGAGUGGCCGGAGCUGGCAUCAGAACGUGCGGCAGAUGGCGACAGCAGUAGCAGCUAAUACUUACUACCUUGAGUUGCAUCCACUUGUGAGAUGCGGUCGGAAAGUACGACGAUCAGUACACAUACACAAACACACAUACAGCCACAGAAACGGCGGGCGGAGGUCGCAACUAAUUGUUAUUAAGUUUAAUCAAUUUACUCGUAGGGAUUGAAAGUUAAGUUAACUUACAGAGAGGAAAAAUUCGGAAAAAAAUCAAACAAAAAAAAAAGCAAACAAAACAUAUGUUGAUAAUUUUA